UGCGUCGUGCUUGAGCAUUGACCGAUCUCAUCCCCAUGUCCCCCCCUGUGUCUGUCUCUCCUUCCCAUCACAAACAAAUAUCACAAUGAAGAAAUCACACACACCUCCAGCCCCAUCUGCUCUCAAAGCCCCCAUGUGCCCUGACGGCUUUGCCUUCCUGGUGCGCACGCGUGUCACUCCGAUGUCUCCCCAGGCACUGAUUGACCCCCACCCCCCCGCCCCUGUCCCACACAUCGAUUGGCGUACAGUGACACCCCGUCACGAGCGCAGUUGGCCCGUCACUUGGUCGUCACAUGUCACAAAUACGCAAUUCGCGAGUGAGGAUAUAGCCCGAUUGCCCGAACAGAUGCGCUUCCUGUGUCAUGGAUAAAGCAAGACACACAGACGAGACACACAAACAAAGACACACAGACGAGACUCCCCGCCCCUCUGCGGCACCCACCAACACAGACACACGCUUCCAGUUGUGAUGAGCUAGCGAUUGGCACACACAGAAACACACACACACACACACACACACACAAGACAGGCAACAAAGGAACAACAAAGUUACAGACAGAGAGCGUCGAAGCGAAAAGGCAGCGGAUGCACCAAACAUCCACAGACGGACGUCGGGAAACAAACAACAAGACAGAGGGCGAAGAAACAAAUCGUGCGUUCACUGUGUGUCAAAGCAACAAUCACAACACAUGUGGGAACCAACAAAGACACAGCAUUCUUCACACACGUGAGGGCGCCAACACAGCGUGUGCCCUCCUUCCGGCAGUCCACUCACGGCGCCAUCAGCCCCUCACUUGGGCCCCUCUCCAGCCGAGCCACACGGCCAAGCAGGGCCUUGUUGGCCUCAGUGAGGCCCCGGAUCUCGUCGCUCAUGGCUUUCAUGUUCUUCUCCAUCGUCUGCACGAACGACAUUUGGGUGAGGAGCAGCUGACUCAGGUCGAUUGCCUUCUUGUCGCUCUGCCCCUCAGCAGCCUCGUCUCCACUCGUGGCUGCCAUGCUGUCCCCCUCCCCCUCCUCGUCCUCGUCAUCCCCCUUGUCUCCCUCGUCAUCAUCGAAGCUUCGCACCGCCGAUGGAAAGAGUUUCUCCACCUCGUUCGGCACCAGAAGGAGCCUCUGGUCUCCGUCAGUGCGGACCUGCAGCUGCUUGAAGGCAUCGUGGGCCGCCGAGCGAUUGUGUUCCCCCCACUCAGCCAU